AUCGAAGGUUUUACUAGCGCAGAAGAUCAGGAUUCGUUCAAUCGUAUUGAGCGACAGCUGAAAAAACGAUUUGCUCUAGGAACGCACGUUUCCGAAUAUCUUAUUAUUCAGGAUUUUGUUCGGCAAAAUUAUUCCGAAAUGCUUGUCAAAAAGGUAAUUCAAUCAUGUAUUCGACGUGGUGAGCUCCAGUAUCGUAUGCAACGAAAAAUGCUUUAUCGUGUUAAAUGA